AAUGAAUUAACGAUCAAAUAACCCAAAUAGGCAAAUAUAUAAAAAUAUUUAAUUACAGUAUUUGAUAAAUGCAACAGCAAACCCAUAAAAUUUGUUACUGUUCAAUCUAACUCACAGGGAGUAAUAUAACAGAGUUGUUGAAACAAUCAUUAUAUUAAACCUCCACCAAUUGAUUACAGGAUUCGCCUGAUUUGUUAGAACCUCUGGAAUUUAUCGGGCUUGAUUAGAGGAUUGGCCUUGGCAAUCACAUCUCGGCCUUGACCUUUGAAGUCAAAGGCAUAGUCAUGAAUCUCAGGGUACCUAUGGGACCCACAGUACGUGUAGCCACACCUGCAGUUGAACCCCAGCAGCCCCACCUUCUUGUUGCAGCUCCAGCACCUGCCGGACGCGCGCGGGGCCGGCGGCGGCGACGCCUCCCUGCCGGUCGACCCAUCGGGAACCGGACGGCCGGUUUUGAUCCUGAGAUUGGUCAUUAUAGGCACCUGCUCUUCCAUCAUCUUGCACAUGUCCUUGUAGCACUUGGAGCACAGACCCUUGGUCGCCGCCGUUCCAAAGAAACCGCAGCCGUUCCGACAAAGAGACGGCGGCGCCGGAGAUAUGGUCCCUAACUCCGUCUCGUUUCCUACUUCCGAUGAUCCCAUAUUAUUUUCUCGGUUGUAAAUUAAAGCUAGAGGUAUCUGAUAGCAAAGAAAAUAAAUCUAUGGCAAGCUAGAGGACACAGUUAUCAUAUAUAGAUUACGGCCGGUAUUAAUCUCCUGAUUUCCGAAGAACUCCGAAUACAGGCCAAGAUUUAUUUCCAAAAAUGUUAUCAAACCGACUACUUCCGCGUCUUCUGUUUCCUAAAGCCAGUCACCUCUUAAUUACAUGGCGGGAUCGGUGCAGGGCUGUUUAUUGGGCUGUAAAAAUAGUGCCUCUGGGUUUACAAAUAAUUAAGGCCGAUAUUAAAAAAACAAAAGAGUAGUACAUAUAUAUAAGGCAGUUUUAUUUGCAGACACAAGUAAUUAAAAAUACAUAUUUUUCUUGAAAUAUUACCAAUAAAAAAUUUAUGGACAAAAAAGCAAUUAUAAGUUACUAUGGGUGUUAGAGAUAUUUUCAUUGUAAUUGUGAUCAAUGUUACUUUGCUAGUUUAUAGUUAGCUAGAAUAAUGAAUAGGCCUUUUAAGGCAAUUUUGUAAUAAAGGUUUUAUACCUUUUUAGGUAUGGGCCUCCUAGAAAAAGGAGCCCAAAUGAUUGUAAAAC